AUGUCGAAAUUACUCAAGAAGCCCGUCAAGCUCGCCUUGAUACAGCUUGCCAGCGGCGCAGAUAAAUCCCACAACCUCACCCACGCACGAGACAAAGUCCUCUCCGCCGCCCAAUCCGGCGCCGGCAUCGUCGUCCUGCCAGAAUGUUUCAACUCGCCCUACGGCUGCGACUACUUCCCCUCGUACGCCGAAACCCUGCUCCCCUCCCCACCAACACCCUCCCAAUCGCCCUCCUUCCACGCCCUGUCCGCCAUGGCGAAAGAGGCGCACGUCUACCUAAUCGGUGGCUCGAUUCCGGAACUCGAUACCGAGACCAAAAAAUACUACAACACGUCCCUGACGUUCGGGCCCAGCGGGGAUCUACUAGCUACGCAUCGCAAGGUACAUCUUUUUGACAUCGAUAUACCCGGCAAGAUCACGUUUAAGGAGUCUGAGGUGCUAUCGCCCGGGAAUAAGGUUACGAUUGUGGAGUUUCCCGAGUAUGGGAAAGUGGCUAUAGCGAUCUGCUACGAUAUCCGGUUCCCGGAGCUGGCGAUGAUAGCCGCGCGCAAGGGGGCCUUUGCGUUAGUUUAUCCAGGCGCGUUUAAUACGACGACGGGGCCGAUGCAUUGGAAAUUGCUGGGGCAGGCGAGGGCGGUGGAUAAUCAGGUUUAUGUGGCGUUGUGUAGUCCGGCGAGGGACGAGGACGCGAGUUAUAGGGCGUGGGGACAUAGUUUGGUUUGUGAUCCGUUGGCGGAGGUUUUGGUGGAGGCGGGGGAGAGGGAGGAGACUGUUUUGGUGGACUUGAGUGGGGAGAAGAUUGAGGAGAGUAGGAAGGGGAUUCCGGUUUAUGGGCAGAGAAGGUUUGAUGUUUAUCCGGAUGUUAGUAAGGGGGAGGUCAGGUUUGAGGAUGAGGUUUGA